AUGUUCGAAGCAUAUACACCCACGGAGAUAGCUACCAGAUUGGAGAAGUCAAUUGAUGUAGCAUCAUUGGCUGCUCAUGGUCACGCUGCUAAAGUUUAUGUUGGAAGUAAGGCUGGUUAUUUGUUGGCAUUAAAUGGAAUCCGUGGUGGCAAGCGUGGAUAUGAUCUUUUGAUGUGCCGAUCAUUCGAAAAGAAAGCAGUAAAUGAAUUGUGUUGUAUUGAAAGGCAUGAUAUACUGCUGUGUUUAAGUGAUUCGCAACUUUCUGCACAUGACCUUUCUGAUCCAUUUGCUCUGAAAGCACUUAUUUCCGAUGUUCGACCCAUAUCAGCUUUCUGUGCCACUAUAUCAGAGGUGGAUGGAAUAUUGUAUGUAGCUGUAAGUUCAAGGAAGAAAAUAUUUCUUUACAAGUGGCUUGUUGAUGAAUUUACUAAAAUGGAUUUUGAAAUGUCGUUGGCUUUUUUUCCUGAUUUUGUGAACUAUAUGAUUUGGAGUGGUCCCAUUAUAUCAGUGGCUGUACAAAACGAAUAUUAUUAUAUGACCGUCUUUCCGAUCAGGGAAGAUGCAGUAAAUGUGAAGAAAUUAUUUGAUGUCGGUUCGAAAACAGAAAAUCCAGUGAUUGUUGGGUUGCCUGAUUAUAAGCAGAUUGCAUAUUGUCGUAAUAAUUUCUUGUUCUUUCAAGAAUAUUAUGGAACUGUAAAUCCGAUAUCAGAAGUGAAAUUCUCAGAAGCUCCUCUUAAUAUUGUGUAUGACGCUCCAUAUUUGUUGGCACUCUUAGGAAAAGGGAAAGUUGAGAUACGAUCAGUGAGGCCAGCGACACACAUACAAACCAUACAACUUAAUAAAGCAAUGUAUAUAUCAACUGGUUUGAGGGGAACGGUUUAUGUAGGAAGUAGCAGUGAUGUGUGGCUUUUAGAUUCUCGAACACAAAUGAAAAGUAAUGUGGAACGGUUAGUUAGCGAGAAGCAGUUCGAAUUGGCUAUUCAGCUAGCGGAUAAAUGUGAUGAAAUAGGUGAUAAGGGCGUUAUGGAAAUCAAACGCAAAGCAGCUUUCAAUUUAUUUUGUCAACGAAGAUUCGACGAAUGGUUGGAAAUUCAUGCCCAAAUCAAAACCGAUGUGAUGACUGUGAUAGCUCAUUUUCCACGACUGUUGGAUUCCAGUUAUCAAGAAUCACUGAAAUCUUUACUUGACGGGCAGCCACCUGAUUUUCCUGAAAAUGAAUUUCGAAAUGGGUUGCAGUCAUUGGCUCCAUAUCUUGCUUCUGUACGUAUGGAACAUGCGAAAGCAGUUAUUGAGCUCAAAAAACUUUACCAGCUGCAUAUGCGGGAUAUUGAUACCGUGGAACGGUUGAAAAAUCACGAAAAUGUUCUGCAAGUAGUCGACACCACAUUACUGAAGUGUUACCUCCAGACCAAUGAAAGCUUAGUGGCCUUGUUGUUACGUCUUCCAGACAAUAUGUGCAUUGUGGCCGAUUCAGAAAAAGUGUUACUAGAACACGAAAAAUAUAAUGAACUGUAUAUACUAUACGAAAGAAAAGGUUUGCAUCGUAAAGCAUUAACUCUGCUGAUGGAACAAGCUCAUAUUGAGGGAAGCCCAUUGCGAGGCUAUAGUAUGACCAUUGAGUAUCUGCAGAAACUGGGAAGCAAACAUUUGGACCUAAUAAUCGAGUUUGCAGCCUGGGUGCUCCAGGAGAACUUCAGUGCUGGUCUUUCGAUUUUCACUUACGAUAGUGCGGAAAUUCGUUCGUUGGAUCGAGGACGAGUUUUAACUUUUUUAACGCAUGAAUGUACUGCUGCAGUAAUUCCAUAUUUAGAACAUAUAAUUUAUGAAUGGAACGAAGAUUUGCCUAAAUUUCACGAAUCGUUAGGCCAACAUUACAUUUCCAAGGUGAAGCAGUUACAACGGGACUAUAUCAAUAUUCUUGGAGAAGGUAGUGACUCGAUCAUUAUGAAUGCUGAAAUUUUGGACUUGAAAAUUGAUUCUAAAAUAAAUGAGCAUAUCGCACCAGCUGGAGAAGAAGAGGGCGAACUUGGUGAAUAUAGAUGCAAACUUCAGCAUUUUUUGAAAACAUCUACUGCUUAUAGUCCAGAAAAGCUGCUGGUUCAAUUGCGCCAUAAUUCUCUCUAUGAAGAAAGAGCACUAUUAUUGGGGCGAUUGAAAAAGCAUCAGCAAGCAUUAGCUAUUUAUACGCAGAUUUUGAAGAAUUACAAAGCAGCUGAGAAAUACUGCACAGAUUGUUAUGAACCAGAGGAUCCACAACAUUCCAAGGUAUUUCUAAUUUUGCUUCAAAUGUACACAAAUCCACCGGAUACAUCUAUUGUUGGAUUAAUGCAGAGUGACCAUUGCCAGGCUAUACCGAAUCCAAGUGAAGCAGUUCGGAUCCUGAAAGAGCACAGUGAUAUGUUUGAUGCAGUAGAAGCGGUGACUUCGUUACCUCUCGACUACACGCUAAAAUGUGUCUGGCCUGGACUCGUUACUAUUCUGCAAACGGCGCAUGACAAGAAACAUACUACUAUGAUUCAUAAAUCUGUGUGUGAUGCAGCGUUGAAACGAGCACUGCGGCAGAAAGCCGUAUCACAUUCUACGAAAUUUGUUGUAGACUAUGAAAUUGAAUGUGCUGCAUGUGGAAAAAAAAUUGCUAACAGCACGGGUUAA